AUGAGUAAACCGAAAAAUCCUGCCUGUAAAAAUGGCGACAGCAGAGAACGCGGCAGAGGCGGCGGCAUGAAAAAUCAGAGCAGCUAUGGACACUUGGCCCAUGGACAGAGUAAGGCUGUAGAAGACUCUCAAAGACCAGGUGCCCACUUAACUGUGAAAAAGAUUUUUGUUGGUGGCAUUAAAGAAGACACCGAAGAGCAUCACCUAAGAGAUUAUUUUGAGCAGUAUGGAAAGAUUGAAGGGAGUGAAAUCAUGACAGACCGAGGCAGUGGCAAGAAGAGGGGCUUUGCAUUUGUAACCUUUGAUGACCAUGACUCUGUAGAGAAGAUUGUUAUCCAGAAGUACCAUACUGUGAAUGGCCACAAUUGUGAAGUAAGGAAAGCCCUGUCAAAGCAAGAGAUGGCCAGUGCCUCCUCCAGUCAAAGAGGUCGAAGUGGUUCUGGAAAAUUCGGUCGUGGCCAUGGAGGUGGUUUUGGUAGGAAUGACAACUUUGGUCGUGGAGGAAACUUCAGUGGACGAGGUGGCUUUGGUGGCAGCCAUGGUGGUGGUGGAUAUGGAAGCAGUGGGCAUGGUUAUAAUGGAUUUGGUAAUGAUGGAAGCAAUUUUGGAGGCGGUAGAAGCUAUAAUGAUUUUGGCAAUUACAAUAAUCAGUCUUCAAAUUUUGGACCCAUGAAGGGAGGAAAUUUUGGAGGCAGAAGCUCUGGCCCUUAUGGUGGUGGAGGUCAAUAUUUUGCCAAACCAUGA